AAAACUAUCUUCCUCGGUUAAAAAUGUACCAGCUCGAGCCACUGACGUCCCACGACCACGGACAAACAGGGCCCGCGUGUCGGUGGAGAGCGCACCGCGAGGCAACAAGCCGGCGGUUAACUGCAGCCGCCUGCGUCACAGCCAAUGAGCGAUGUGGGCGGGACCGUCCGCCGGAAACCGCCUCCACAAUAAAAGAGCUCGCGCGCCGCGCAGCGCCCGCCUAUGCAUUCACCCACCCCACUCGGACACCGCCGCCAUGGACGCUGCUGGCGGAGGCACCGUGGUAGUGGGUGGCCUCGAUGAUGCGGACAUCGGCUUCUUCUCCCGCCGCAAGCACCGCUGCUGCGGCUGUUUCUGGACCUCAUCGUCCCCGCACGCGCGGCGCGCGAGCGGAGGCGCCGACGAGGGGUGGUGGCACGACGUCAGGGAAGGGGGAAGCGGAGCAGUGUCAGGCAGGCGUCGGUGGUGGCGGCGCGGGGUGGACGCGCUCAUGAAGGUGCGGGAGUGGUCAGAGCUGAUGGCCGGCCCACGGUGGAAGACCUUCAUCCGCCGGUUCCGCCGUGGCAGCUCGCGCCACGGGGCCAACGGCGGGGGCAAACUCAACUACGACCCGCUCAGCUACGCACUCAAUUUCGACGAGGGACACGGAGCCGCCAACCCCGAGGACGGCGACUACCAGGGCUACGACCGCGACAUCUCUACGCGCUUCGUAGCGCCGCUGCCUGGGUCGGCCAAGUCGUCGUCCAUGGACCUCGGCGGCCGCGACGCGCCGCCGCUGUUCCUCCACCACCCGCAGUCCCCACGCGCGCCUACCGGGGGCUGACGUCGGCGCGGCGCCAGCGUAAACCGUCGGCUAGGGUGUUGUAAUUAAUGGGGCGGUGGAGGUGAUAAGGCAGAAGGAGGAGGAGGCUGUCGCUUUCGUCUCCUUGGCCGCUCGAUCGGUUGUUCUUGCUUUUUGCUUGUGGAUGGAGACGAUAGAGAUGUCCUUAUUUUUCAUUUUCAUUGUUUUUGUAUUUUUACCUGUAGUUUUUGUAAAUUAGUACUGUGGAAGACAGGAACCAGCAGUCAUUGUUUUUUGUCGUCUAUUUUUGAGGACUCGGAACGAUAUGAUAAUAUCUCUCAUCA